AUGGGGCAGGUGGAAGCGGCGCGGUUGGAGGAGCAGAUCGGGAAGGAGUUUGAGAAGCUGCACGAGUUCCUGCGGGGCGAGGAGAAGGCGCUGCGUGCCCGGCUGCAGGAGGAGACGCGGCACAAGCACAGCCUCAUCGAGGGCAAGAUGAAGCGGUUGGCCAAGGAGAGGCAGACCCUGCUCAACGAAGCCUUCCAGCUCCAGGCGGACCUCAAGGAGGAUGACUACACCUUUCUCAUGAGCCACAAGAACCGCAAGCGCAGGAUCGCCUGCACGGCCGAGGAGCCGGAGGCUGUGCCCUCGGGGAUGCUCCUCGACGUUGCCAAGUACCUGGGCUCACUGCAGUACAACGUGUGGAAGAAGAUGCUGGACACCAUCACUGUCGUGCCCUUCAGCUUCGACCCCAACUCCGCGGGGUGCUGGCUCUCGGUGUCUGAGGACCUCACCAGUGUCACCAACGGGGGCUACAAGCCACUGGUGGAGAACCCCGAGCGCUUCACCUCGGCCCCCUGCAUCCUGGGCUCCCACGGCUUCUCCACGGGCUUCCACACUUGGGAGGUGGACCUGGGCGGCAUCAUGAACUGGAGGGUGGGGGUGGCCCGGCCGUGCGGUGGCACCCACUGGACCUUCCACCACGAUGCUCGUUCCGGCUUCUGGUACAUCUACCGCCUGCCUGGGAAGAACGGCGAGACGUGCCGAGCAUCCAACACGGCGCGUUCCGAGGCGGUGGUGGGCGACCUGAGACGGAUCCGGGUGGAGCUGGACUGCAAUGAAGGAGAGCUCUCCUUCUACGAUGCCGACCGCAAGACCCACAUCUACACCUUCCACGAGAACUUUGGCGGCACCGUCUUCCCCUAUUUUUACGUGGGGGGCAGGCCGGAGGGCGCGCUGCCCGAAGCGCUCCGCAUCUGUCCCCUCCGGGUCCGCGUCCACGAGGAUGUCCCCGUCUAG